AUGAGCAAACGUAAGUAUAUAUCGCUCGAAGAUGCAGUGAAAUAUGUCACUUUAUCGGAUGAUGGACUAGUUGACGAUGAUGACAGUGACAGGGACAGUUGCAACUUGAGCGACAGGGAGAUCAACAACGAAGAGACUAAUUUCACCAACCCUGAGCCUGUUCAUGUACACCUUCAUUAUAUGCUGUAUUACGGUUCUGUUGAUUGCCUCGAGAACAUCAAAUCCGUCUCUGCAAGAAUCGGCAGUCAGCUGAAAAGACACAACAGAGUCCACACCGGCGAAAAGCCUUACGUGUGUGCAUCUUGUUCAAAGGGUUUCUCUCAAGCUGCAAAUUUAAGAAAGCACAUAAGAGUCCACACCGGCGAAAAGCCAUACUCCUGCGGGUACUGCCUAUCAACAUUUACGCAAGCUUCACACUUACAGAAACACAUAAAAGUUCACACCGGCGAAAAGCCUUUUUCGUGCAGUUACUGUCUUAAAGCAUUCUCUCAAGCUUCGUACGUGAAGAAACACAUGAGGGUCCACACUGGAGAAGAAAAGACAUAUUCGUGCGACUACUGCCCGAAGGCGUUUUACGAUUUGUACCAAUUAAACGCACAUAAUAAAGUGCAUACCGGCAGAAAAGGUGCCGGUUGCUCGGAGACAGUAUCCAACUCCAAGUCGCAUACGAGUCUGUCUCCCGGCGAUACGUUUUCGUGCGAUCAUUGCUCCAAGGAAUUCAAAACAGUUUCACGUUUGAAGAGACAUAUCAACCUCAAUCAUGGUUUGAAGCCGUACGCCUGUGAAUUCUGUUCAAAGUCUUUUUCUUUCACUUCGAUCCUGGAGAGACACAGGAGAAGUCACACCGGGGAGAAGCCGUACGCUUGCGUUCAUGUGAGAGUCCAUACUGGCGAAAAACCCUACUCAUGCGACUAUUGUUCAAAAGCAUUUUCCAGAGCUUUGUAUUUAAAGGUUCAUGUGAGAGUCCAUACUGGCGGAAAACCCUACUCAUGCGACUAUUGUUCAAAAGCAUUUUCCAGAGCUUUGUAUUUAAAGGUUCAUGUGAGAGUUCAUACUGGCGAACGGUUGCAUUCGUGUGAAAGAUGUUCAAAGACUUUUUACUUAAAGAGACAUACAAUUGGCCACACUGGCAAAAAGCCUUUUUCGUGCGAGCAUUGCUCGAAGGCAUUUCCUACAAAGUCUGAGUUAAAGAAACAUACAAGAGUCCAUACCGGCGAAAAGCCAUUUGCGUGUGAUUAUUGUUUAAAGGCAUUUUCUCAAAAAUCAAUACUACAAACACAUAUGAAAGUCCAUACUGAGGAUACGGAAUGA